AUGUGGUCAGGAAGCUAUUGUCGAGGUGUCAAAGAAGGCGAUCAUUUUGGUCAAGAGUCAAUGGCAUACCAAGUGUUUGCCAAAGCGCAGGCACAAAACCAGCGAGCAGCUUCAGCAACAUCCGCAACAACCGCGACUUCUCCGCCUGUCUCCCCUCCCUCAUUGCUGGUCAAACAACCACCCCUCCAUCCUGCACCUCUAGUACUUCCACAGUCAGCAGCCUCUUCAUCUUUGACUUCAAAUAAGCCACCUUCGAUUGGCGAUCCAAAUUUUGACCCAGAACCAUUCUCAGAGCCAUUGACUUCCUACCAAACUCCUCAUCCGCAUAUUACCAUCGACCCAGUUCGCACUGCUCAUAUUGCUUCUUUGAGCCGCAUAACUGGACUAUUACUUCCUAUUCGAUACCCCAGCUCAUUCUACACAGCAUGUAUUACAGACCCGGUCAUUGCGUCGUUAUCACGCGUCGCAGUAUACCAUGAUCAUCCCGUCCCCAGUGGACCAUCUACAGAAACCACACCAGCAGGAGGACUAGGUGGAACAGAUAAGGUUAUAGGAGGUAUUAGAUGUCGUCUUGAAAGACUCUUCCCCGAAUUCUUGGGUUUGAACAGACCAGAUGGCAAACAACGACCACCGACCAAUUUAUACAUACAGACUCUACACCUUCUUUCGCCGCAUCGUGGAAAUGGGGUUGCUGCUUCACUGCUGAAUUCUUUGCUAUUUACAAAACCGCCUUCGGAAUCGUCAAAAUUGUAUCGGGUUUCACCCCUUGUGAAACAUUAUAAUAUUCAUACUGUGACGGCGCAUGUUCAUGAGAUGAACGAUGAGGGUUUGAGAUGGUAUGUGGCUCGAGGAUUUCACGUUGAGGAUGGUGUUGUCAAGGGAUAUUACAGACGCUUGAAUCCAAGCGGAGCCAGGAUUGUCAGGUUAGAUCUUGAUUGGGACAAUGAAGACGAAGAGGAAGAGACAGAUGAGCAUCAGCACGACCCGGAACAACUACAGUCAUCACACGUUUCCAACGCCACCAAACCAGGUACUGAUGAAGACAGCGCACAACACCACGACGACGACGGAGAAGACGACGACGACUGGGAGAAACUCGAGGCCGAAGAAGAUGAUGCCGAUGACCACGGCGUUGUACACCUUACAGACAGUCAGAUCCUAGACAACGGAGACAGUAACUCCCCCAUAUCAACGACAUCUUCUUCUGGUAAACGCAAACGCGACGUUGAGGAACUCCACAAACGGCAUAAAUAGUCAGUCAGAAAAACUAUUUCCAAUUUCCGCUAUAAGUUCAUGUUAAGAGCAUGUUUAGACUUUUCGCAUGCAUCGCAUUCGCUGUCGUUUCAACUGAGCUGCUUAUAGGUCGUCGUGCAUUUCUUUGACUAAUACAUUAUACCUAACUUAAUAUAGAUCAUAGAUUAUCAAAUAUA